UUGCUGAUCAUCAUCCUAUCCAACUCUUACCUAACAACACUAGAGAGAAAAAAUGGGUUCAACUUCGUAUCCAUCACCAAACCUCUCCACCGUACUAGACCUAGCCCGUCCUUUCCUCCGAGGAGAGCUAGAGAACAUCUCCCCCAACCUCCCCUCCCUAAUCGCCGUCCUCAAAAGCGUCGGCGCAGGCGAGUGCUGGCACAAACACGGAAGCUUCCUAGACCACCUCAUCGACAUCUACAAGAUCCUCAAGCUCUGGAAAGCCCCCGAACCCGUCUGCCUCUGCGGCCUCUUCCACUCGGCUUACUCCAACUCCUACGUCAACCUAGCCAUCUUCCACCCUUCCACCGGCCGCGAAGUCGUCCGCGGACACGUAGGCGAGCCCGCCGAGGCCCUGAUCCAUCUCUUCUGCGUCGUCCCGAGGCAGACUCUGAUCCACGACGACCUCCUCUUCAAGUACUCCGAUAAAGAGCUCGUCGAGCAUCUUGAUCGCUCCGAGGCUUCUUUGAAGAAGGCCAAGGAGGAAGGGUGGUUCGAUGGAGAUGAAGAGUGGAGGAAGAAGGUUAACAGUUUGGUGCCUGAGAACGGCGUCGUGGUGAAGCAUAUCAAGACUGGUGAAGAGGUUGUUGUGUCGAGGAGGGUGGUUGGUGUGUUCUUGCUGAUGACGAUGGCGGAUUUUAGUGAUCAGUUAUUCGGGUUUCAGGAUGAGUUGUUUUGUAAUGAUGACGGGAGGCUUGAGUUUAGAGGGAAUAACGUGGCGGCGUUGUGGCCUGGGAGUGGGAAGCCUGGGCUGUGGAUGAACUCUAGCUCCAGGAUGGGUGCUGUUUAUAGUUUGAUUGUGAGGGAGGAAGAGAUUUUGAUGGAGCAGAGGAAGAGGGAUUCUGGGUUUGUGGUGAGGAAGGAGAGAGAUGAAGAUAUUGAGCUCGUGGUGCCUCCUGUCUUCAGCUUCUGCACCAAGGUAUUGGAUGCAAAGGAGCAGAUAGAAGCAAGGGACAUGUACUGGGAAGCUGUGAGCAGCGACGCGAGCAAAGAAGGGUACUUGGAGAGAGCAGAGGAGAAGUUGUUGGGGUGUAUUGAGAAGAACCCAUAUGUGGGAGAGCCACAUGUGCUGUUGAGUCAAGUGUAUCUGGGAAAGAAGAGAUUCGCAGAGGCAGAGAGAGAAGCGGAGAGAGGGCUUCUUCUGCUGUUGCAAUGGGGAAGUCCAUGGGACAAGAGGAUGUCAUGGGAAGGUUGGAUUGCUUGGGUUAGAGUUCUUCUCAUGAAGUCACAGGAUCAAUCUUGGCCAGAUGUUUCUUGGGGAAUCUUGAACUUGGGUCUUGUGCGCUAAAAAAAAACUAUUGCUUAUAUACCACAAUAAAAGGUAAUCGAUGCAUGUAGAUUAUCAUCAAAGUCUUGUUGGCUUUAUGAUAUAUGUAAUUCAGAAUUGCAACCGCCAAACAUAUAAUUGGUCACUGUACCAUAAGAAUAAUAUGACAGUUAUUUCCAA